AUGGCAAGAUCAGGUCAUUCCACUCAGUUGACUUCUAGAAGACACAGAACACAUCAACCACAGUCACAGAAGCUCACGGAAAAUGAAAUUUCAGAGCUGAAGAACUACCUUCCUGAGUGGACUUCUGCAAAAAGGAGCGAGAAACGGGGAGUUUUCAAUGCCAUAGCUCGAGCAGCCAGGGAACAACGACAAUACUCCUCGGAGUCUGAACACGAAGACGAACAUUUCUCUGAACCAGGUUCUCCUAUCCAACAGGACAACGAAUACAUAGCAGGAUACGGACCAGAUCAACCAGGACCAUCGAACCCACCACCACCACCACCUAGAUCCCCGACUCCACCUCCACCAUCUGCACCUAGACCACCACCUAAGAAAAUGGGUGAACUCAACUUGAAUAGACCACCCAACUUUGAUGGGUCGCAGAAACAGGCCAAAGCCUGGUGGACAACUGUCUCCACAUAUAUUACCGUGAACAAAGACGUCUACGACAACCACGAAAAAUGCAUUGCAUUCGCAACGUCAUUCAUGACUAAAGGACACGCUCAACAAUGGGCCACAGGAUGGAUCAAUAGGAAACACGAUACCGCUACCCCUAUGGGGAAAUGGGACGAAUUCAUCAAAGAAUUCUAA